AAGUACCAAAAUGUGUGGCGGGGACUGGUUUUAAGUGUUCUUUAAUGAACGGGUUUGGGUUUUGCUGCCUGGCUCUGCGCCUUUCGCGGGUGCUCGGCGCUCCCGAGGGUGCGGGCUGUGGCCGUAGUUAUGCCUCCAGGACUAUAUUUCCCAGCGGCCCCCGCGGCGCAGCGCGGAAGUUGCUCAUCCCGCCCACGCAGCAGACUGCACUUCCCGGCGGCCUCUGCGCUGCCGCCAUUUCCCAGCGGCCCCCGCGGCGUCGGCGGCGUCAAGAUGGCGGCGGGGAGCGGCGGUCCGGCAGCGCGGGAGCUGUUCGCCGAGGGUUUGCUGCAGUUUUUGCGGCCAGCGGUGCGGCAGCUCGACGGACACGUCCACGCUGUCAGGGAGAGCCAGGUGGAGCUGCGGGAGCACAUCGACAGCCUGGCCACAGAGCUGUGCCGCAUCAAUGAGGACCAGAAAGUGGCACUGGAUCUCGACCCCUAUGUGAAGAAGCUGCUGAAUGCCCGGCGCAGGGUGGUGCUGGUCAACAACAUCCUGCAGAAUGCCCAGGAACGGCUGCGGAGGCUGAACCACAGCGUGGCCAAGGAGACGGUGCGGAGGAAGGCCAUGCUGGAGGCAGCGGGGGGCUACCCCCAGGGCCUGCCAGGCAAGUGAGGCCCCUGUGACAGCGCUGGGCCGGAUCUGACUCACACCACAGCUGCGCCAACAGCCCUGUGAGCUGGGCCGGAGCAGGAGCAUGCCCAUAAGGACAGCAAACAGAGCGGGCCACUGGUGAGGGGAGCAGGUAUCCCUGUUUGUAGCAGCACUCUCCUGAGCAUCCACAGCACAGGAUGGAGUGAAAAGUCCUGCAGUGAGGCAGCAGCUCUUCAGCUGCAGCUGAAGGAACCAGGGAACCCUGAAUUGUAUUUCCAGAGUUGUACGCACCGUAAUAAAAGUGACCCCGUGUUGCUUA